AUGUCGGAAGAAAACGAUAAUGUGGCUCCGACGAACAACGAAAAUGAUAUUUCGAUGGAAGAGGAAGAAGUGACUCAAGAAACCGAUGGGAGCGAAAAGGAAAACCAAGACACUUCUCGCAACGAAAUAGUGGAGAAAAUGUUUGAAAAGCUCUUGGAAAAGCAGAAAAAUAUAAAAAAAUCGAUCACGGAAAUUGUCGACAAGCUCUGUUCAGUCGAAAGCGAGCUUCAAUUGAUUCGAGACGACUUGAAACCAAAAACAGUGGCAGCGACAGUUCCAGAACAAACCGAUGAUGAAGAUGAAACAGAUUCAGAAUCUAAAACCGAGAGCGUUACCAUGCCGACCACAGGAAAAUACUUCGUAUUGAAACAUGUCUUCAAGAAUGUCACAAAUAUGAAGGAAGGUGAAGAUCAUUGGUCAGAAACGGAAGAGCAUAUUGGAGUUGAAUGGAGAAUUGAUGUGUAUCGAACAAAAGAGGAUUUAUCGUUCUUUCUCAAAUGUCUUAAAUUGACUGAAAUUGGAAAAUGGUCCAUUGAAGCUCAGUGGAAACAAGCCUUACUGUCGAAAAGCACGGAGAAUCGAUUUAAAGUAGUAACUAAAAAAUCAUUCGGCACUGUCGAUACAAGCAAUGGCACUUGGGGUUUUCCGAAAUUCAUUGGAUGGGCGGAAAUGGAAAAAGACUUUCUUGUGGAUGACCAACUGACUGCUGAAAUUCACGUGAAAAUCAUGGAAACAACUGGAAUUUACAAGGAUAAUCUGAGAAGUUUCGACGAGACAAUGGAAGAAUUUUCGGAUGUUGUACUAGUUGUCAAUGACGAGAAAUUCUACGUUUCAAAAUUGUAUUUGGCUGCUCACUCUCCAUAUUUCAAAGCUUUGGUUUUGGGAAAUUUCAACGAUUCGAAGAAAUCUGAAAUCAAAUUGACUGGAAUUGAUGCAGAUGACUUUCAGAACUACCUCGAACUACUUUAUGGAGAAUACUCAAUUGACGAAUUCACUGUGGAAGGAAUUCUUCUCGUCGCUGACAUGUACGACACUCCAUUGAUCAUUCGCAAAUGCGAAGAGUUUUUACUCGAAAAAUCAAAGAAGACAUUGAAGAAGAAGCUGCAGCUGUCCAUGAAAUACCAUCUGGAAGCCUUGAAUAAACAAUGCCGCAAGGAGAUCAAAUCGAUCGCUGACAUUAAAUCAGUUCUACCAGGAGACAUUCGUGAUUUGGAUCCAUCGAUUACAACUGAAUUUUUGGAAAUUGCGCUCUCUAUUCAAUAA